AUGGCCAAAGCGACGAAGCGUACGAAGAAGUUUGUAAAAAACAAACUCGAUGCGACGUUGCAACAGCGACGUGAUGCCAAGAAAAAGCUCAAGUACGUGAAGAACAAGCGCCCUGUGGGCCGACGUGGCGUGGAUGUCGGUGACGAUGAGGCCAGUGAAGCGGAGGACGAUGAGGAGAAGGUCGCAUCAACGGACGCGCAGGGUGGUAUGAGUGUCGAUGAUUUCCUUGCAGGUGGCUUCCGUGAAGGCAUGGACGAUGCGGACGACGAUGACGAGGAGGCUAGCGAUGCCAUCGACGACGACGACGACGACGACGACUUGGACGGCGUCGAUGAGCUCGAUGAAGAGGAGCAUGCGCAGGACCUUGCUAAGCUGGCAGAGACGGACCCUGAGUUCUACAAGUAUUUGCAGGAAAACGAUAAGGACUUGCUAGAGUUUGGCCAAGGGGACGACGAGGCGGAUGACGACGAGGAAGACGAGGAGGAGGAGGAGGAAGAGGCACGCGUGCUCACCAUGGACCUGCUGCGUGCAUGGCAGAAGGAGCUGCUUCGUCACCGAUCGCCUCGUGCCCUGCGCCGCCUCCUACUGGCGUUCCGCGCGGCCGUGUCUACGGACGACGAGCGCGUGGCGUCCACGGCGUUCCGCGUGGAGGACAGUGCUGUGUACUCGAAACUGAUCAUCACGACGUUCAAGUAUAUGCCUAUGAUCAUGGAGCACCAUGUGCCGUACAAAAAAGGGAACGAUGGCAGGUUCAAAGUACCGACCAACACGAAGAAAUGGCAUGCGCUUUUCCGCCCAGUGCGCAGCUACUUUUUGAGCGUCGUGCAGUUCCUGAAGACCUCGCCUGAGCCUGAUAUGGUGUAUGUGGCCCUCACCGAGUCGGCCAAGAUGGUGCCGUAUCUGCACCAUGACCGCCGUGUGACGCGCGACUAUGUGCGUGCGCUUCUGGAGCACUGGGCCACGGGGGAGGACCGUGUGCGACUAGCCGCGUUCUCGUGCUUGUUUGUGACGACUGCCUCGGCGUUCGACGAUGAGAUGAUCGACUUUUGUCUGAAGAGCACGUACCAUACACUGAUCCGGCAUACCAAGCAGACGAAGCCUCACACUUUGGAGCAGAUUGCGCUGAUGAAGAACACAGCAUGCGAGCUGUUUACGCUGCAUCCAGAGGCGAGCUACCAACAAGCGUUUGGGUUCAUCCGUCAGCUGGCCAUUUCGCUGCGCAACUGCCUAAAGCUCAAGACGCAGGAGCAAUACCAGUCCGUGCUGAACUGGCCCUACUUGCACUGCCUUGACUUUUGGUCGUUGGUGCUUGCGAAGACGUGCCAUGUGGAUCUGGAGGCGGCGAGCGGUGUGCCGAGUCCUAUGCGUCCGCUGGUGUACCCCCUGGUCCAAGUGGCGCUGGGCGUAGCGCGCCUCGUGCCCAUGUCGCGCUACUUCCCGCUGCGUCUGCAUGUGCUUCGCUCCAUGCUGCGGCUUAUGCAGGCGACCCAUGUGUAUAUCCCUCUGGCGCCGCUUAUUUUGGAGGUCUUUGACAGCAGCGAGUUCCAGCGCCGCGGCAAGGGCGCGACACUCAAGCCGCUGGACCUCGACACGACGUUCCGUGCGCCUGCGGCGUACGUUCGUACGAAGGUGUAUGCGAAUCAGCUUGCUGAAGAGUUUGCGUUUGCUCUUCUCGAGUUCCUUGCGACGCAGGCUCGCAGCAUUUCGUUCCCAGAGAUGGUCAUCCCGAUGGUCGUCCAGCUUCGUCGCGUCGUCAAGGCAUCGCCCAACACGCGUCUUCACGAUGCGAUCAAGCCGCUGCUCGAUAAGGUGCAGCAGACCUCGACGUGGAUCACGCAGCGCCGUGCAUCGGUGGAAUUCGCCCCGAACCAGCAUGCACAAGUCGAUGCGUUUUUGCGCGACGAGAAAGCGGAGGCGCCGCUGCAGCAGGCGCUGCGGCUCGCGCGGAAAGUCCGCGAGCAGAAGCAGCGUUUGCUGCAGCAGACAGCGCAUGUCGUUGACGAUGAAGAAGAGUAA